ACCUCCCCAAGUUAGUUUCUCUCAAUCUCUCUAGUGACGUUUAUGAUGAUUCUCCUAAAUUGAUCCUUGAAACAAAUACCUUGAGAAAUCUUGUUCACAACUUGAGUGAGGUGACAGAACUUGUGCUUAAAGGAGUGAACAUGACAUCUGUUAAUCCUCGUUUCUUCAUGAAUCUCUCUUCUUCUUUGACUACUCUUCGUCUUUGGGAGAGUGUGUUAAGAGGAAACUUUCCAAACAGUAUUUUUCGCUUUCCAAAUCUCAAGUUCUUUUCUUUAGGUGGAGAGGGAAACCUCACUAUUGAUCUUCCAAGUUCCAAUUGGAGCAGUCCUCUCCAAAAAUUGCAUUUAAAUGUCAUGGAUUGUGGAAGGCGAUUGCCAGAGUCUAUAGGAGAUCUAAAGUCAUUACAACUUCUAGGUCUUGGCUGCAACUUGGAAGGUUCCAUUCCAGCUUCCAUAGGAAACUUAUCUCAACUUACUAGGCUAUUCCUCUAUUCUAACAAUUUUAACGGACAAAUCCCAAUGUCACUGGCAAACCUCACACAACUUAACUUACUCUUACUUUACAAUAAUCAAUUUUUUGGUCCCAUUCCAGCUUUCUUAUGUAACCUAUCCCAACUUACUGUCCUAAGCCUCUCUUCUAACAAUCUCAGCGGACAAAUCCCAUCAUCACCUGCAAACCUCUCCAAACUAAGCUCUCUAGAUUUGUCUUAUAACUUACUUAAUGGCACGUUGCCACCUUGGAUUUUCACCCUACCUUUGUUAGAGAUCUUGCGACUCAAUCAUAACCAACUUGAAGGUCAAAUAAAUCAAUUCCAGCAAAAAUCACUCAUACAACUAGAUUUGUCAAACAAUAAACUCCAGGGCCCAAUUCCUAGCUCAAUUGCUAAUUUAGUAAAUCUUGGUUCUCUCGAUUUAUCAUCAAAUCAUUUUAGUGAUUUAGUAGUAUCUGACAUGUUUUUGGGGCUUCAAAAUCUGGAAACCAUCAUUCUUUCAUACAAUAAUCUUUCUCUGAGAGUCAAUGUUGAUCCCAACUUCACAUUACCCAAACUAUCUUAUGUUGACUUGUCUUCUUGUAACUUGAGUGAAUUCCCCAGUUUCUUAAAACAUUCACAUGGUCUGCAAAGCCUAUUGCUAUCAAAGAAUAGCAUUAAUGGCAAUGUUCCUGAAUGGAUAUGGAAAAAGCAUGAUCUCAAAAUUCUUGACCUUUCUCAUAACCAUUUAAGCGGGAAGAUUCCAAAUUGUCUUCCUAAGUCUCUCUCAGUGUUGAAUUUGCAGGCCAAUUACUUUGAUGGAAACAUACCAUUUGGAUUUCCAAGGAGCUGUGGAUUACAAAAUCUCAACUUACAUGGAAAUCACAUGGACGGGCUAUUACCAAGGUCUUUGGUGAAUUGUAGCAAGUUAGAGGUUCUAGACGUUGGCAACAACAACAUAGAGGAUACAUUCCCUCAUUGGAUGGAAUCUCUACCAGACCUUCAAGUGCUUGUCCUAAGGUCCAACAAGUUCCACGGUUCUGUGCAGAACACCAAAGAAAGUCCAUCUUUUCUCAAGUUACGAGUUCUGGACCUCUCUAACAAUGAUUUUGUUGGUCCUUUGCCUGUUCGGUACUUCAAAAAUUUUAAAGCUAUGAUGGACCUUUAUAGAGAUGAGGGUUCUCUUGAAUACAUGAAUGUCAGUUCUUAUCAAUAUUCACUGGUUGUGACAUGGAAGGGAUUCGACUAUGAGCUGCAUGGAAUCUUGACCGUAUUCUGUAGUAUUCAUCUCUCAAAUAAUAAGUUUGAGGGAGAAAUUCCAGAUGUUAUUGGAAAGCUUAGUUCUCUCAAAGGGCUAAAUCUUUCUCAUAACAACCUUACUGGUCAUAUCCCAUCGUCACUAGGGAAUUUGAUGAAUCUGGAAUGGUUGGAUCUCUCUUCCAACGAGCUGAAAGGAAAAAUUCCAAAUGAAUUGGAAACCUUGGACUCUGUGGAAUCCCAUUGUCAAAAUCUUGUGAUGGAAUGGGGACAACGCCGAGCUCCUUCCAAGAAAAAGAUGAGUUGUGGAGAUUUGGCUGGAGAGUUGUGGGGUUAGGCUAUGGAUGUGGAGUUGUUUUUGGACUGCUGAUGGGAUAUCAUGUCUUCCGAGCAGGAAAACCAAAAUGGUUUGUGUCCUUGUUUGAUGGCCGACCAAGUCAAAAUGGAAGGAAGAUGAAGAAAGCCAGAAGACUUGU